AUUUUUUAACUUAAAUUUUUUAAGUUACGGUUCAUCCAUAGAAUUUUUUAUUUGUAGUUACAUCAUUGGUGAGGAGAAUUAUGAGAGGAGAAAAACCAAGACAAUCUUUCUACUACACCGUUUCUGUACUUGAUGAGAGCAGUGAUCAGAGUAGGGAUCAGAGCAGUAAUCAGAGUAGUGAUCAGAGCAGUAAUCAGAGUAGUGAUCAGAGCAGUAAUCAGAGUAAUGGUCAGAGUAGUGAUCAGAGCAGUAAUCAGAGUAGUGAUGAGAGCAGUGAUCAGAGUAGUGAUCAGAGCAGUGAUCAGAGUAGUGAUCAGAGCAGUAAUCAGAGUAGUGAUGGGAGCAGUGGUCAGAGUAAUGAUCAGAGUAGUGAUCAGAGUAGUGAUCAGAGCAGUAAUCAGAGUAGUGAUCAGAGCAGUGAUCAGAGUAGUGAUCAGAGUAGUGAUCAGAGUAGUGGUCAGAGUAGUGAUCAGAGCAGUGAUCAGAGUAGUGAUGAGAGCAGUGAUCAGAGUAGGGAUCAGAGCAGUGAUCAGAGUAGUGAUCAGAGCAGUAAUCAGAGUAGUGAUGGGAGCAGUGGUCAGAGUAAUGAUCAGAGUAGUGAUCAGAGUAGUGAUCAGAGCAGUGAUCAGAGUAGUGAUCAGAGUAGUGAUGAGAGCAGUAAUCAGAGUAGUGAUGGGAGCAGUGGUCAGAGUAAUGAUCAGAGUAGUGAUCAGAGUAGUGAUCAGAGCAGUGGUCAGAGUAAUGAUCAGAGUAGUGAUCAGAGCAGUAAUCAGAGUAGUGAUGGGAGCAGUGGUCAGAGUAAUGAUCAGAGUAGUGAUCAGAGUAGUGAUGAGAGCAGUGGUCAGAGUAAUGAUCAGAGUAGUGAUCAGAGUAGUGAUCAGAGUAGUGAUCAGAGCAGUGGUCAGAGUAAUGAUCAGAGUAGUGAUCAGAGCAGUAAUCAGAGUAGUGAUGGGAGCAGUGGUCAGAGUAAUGAUCAGAGUAGUGAUCAGAGUAAUGAUCAGAGUAGUGAUCAGAGUAGUGAUCAGAGCAGUGAUCAGAGUAGUGAUCGAGUAGUGAUCAGAGUAGUAAUCCUUAAAUAUUACAUUACGUAUUCUAUUUUG